AUGGAUGAUGAGGAGGACGCGGAGAGGGAUGCGGCAACAGUGACGGAGCUGCAGGCAGAGGAGGAGAACGAGGGAUUCAAGCAGAUGCUGGCGGAGUGGAAGGCGCACCUCGAGCAGAAACAAAACCUGUCCAAGGCGCGCAGGGUUGCGCGGGCGGCGCAGGAGCUGCAGCGGGACGAGUUGGAGAAGGGAGCUCGGAUCGGUCAGGGUGGGUUUGGGGUCGUUUACGAGGGGCGGUGGCAAGGCACCCCCGUCGCGAUCAAGGAGCUUCCGUAUGGGGGGGAUCUCAGCGAGGAAGAGAAGCGGGCCUUUAGGGACGAAGCCGCUCUUCAUGCAGAUCUUAGGCAUCCGCACGUUGUCCUUGUCUUUGGGACGUGCACGGACCAGAGCCCCUUUUACAUCGUCAUGGAGCUGAUGAGGGGAGGAAGCCUGCUGCGCCUCAUUCGGGACAGGUUUAGAAGCCUUGGGGGACAGCACCGGGAGAUGCCGUUCCCGAUCGAGGUGGCCCAGAGCAUCAUGCUCCAGAUCGCCCGGGCCAUGGUCUUCCUCCAUAGCCGGGAUAUCAUCCACCGGGACCUCAAGGCGGCAAACAUUCUGGUGACCGUUGUGGACGAGGCCAGUGGCGCCUGCACCGUCAAAGUGGCCGACUUCGGCUUGGCAACCAUAAAGACAGCCACUUCCCUGCACCGGACUAAGGCGGGCACCUGCCGCUGGAUGGCGCCCGAAAUCUCCGACGACCAACCCUACUCCGAGAAAACCGAUGUGUACAGCUUCGCCAUGAUCUGCGUGGAGAUCCUAACCGGGAUGGUGCCAUUCAUCAAUAUCAAGUCGGAGAACGCGGUGAUCAAAGCCGUCGACAGGGGCGAGCGGCCGACGCUGCCCGAAAGAUGCCCCGAUGAGCUCAGAGUGUUACUGAGCAACUGCUGGCACCAAGACCAUCGGGCUCGGCCAGACUUUCGGCAGAUAUGCACACAGCUGGAGCGGUUGGCGGCACAGGAGCUUCCGGAGUCUGGGGCCGGGAAAGGCCUUGAAGGACCAGAUGUUGGGGCUGCACCAGCUUCGGCUAGCUCCCCGCUGGAUGUUUCUACGGAAUUUACCGCCGUGCUGCUUGACUCACUCCAAAUUGAGCGACCUGGUCAAGAGUCACCGACGGCAACGGAAGGUCUCGGAGCCAAGGGCGAUUUGCGGUCUUUUCCGCGACCUUUGAGCAGGCCAGUACCGGAGGGACCAUCCCCAGAAGAGCAGUACCUGCUUGCUUGCCAGAGCGAAUCUAUUGACGAUCAGGCACAGGCGAUUGGGUAUUACACUCAAGCGGCAGAACAAGGCCUUCCCAAAGCUCAAUUCGAGAUGGGGAACAGGUACCUCGCUGGCAGUGGGGUCAGGUUUGACGAGAAGCUGGCAGUUAAGUGGUUUGAGAAAGCAGCAAACCACGGACACAUUGGUGCGCAAUUCGCCAUGGCACGGUGCCUUGAGCUCGGGAAGGGAACGCCUCGUGCCCUUUCUCAAGCUUCUCAUUGGUAUGCUGGGGCCGCAAAAGCCUGGGGCCUCCACGAAAUGACCGAGUGGUUCCUGGGGAAGCCCCAUGCCACCCUUGGCGAAGCUCUCAAGGUUGAUAGAUUCCGCCUCCCAUUGUUGCCCAAGAUCUUUGAGAUGAAAGUCGUCAACCUACAAGGUUGUUCGCUCGACUCCAUGGCCCUGGCGGCCGCCCUGGAGCGCGGCUCCUUCACGGCGCUGGAG